CUAAAUGGCAUCCUCGUGUGUGGUUGUGUGCGUGUGAAUGAUAUUUACACAGAUUCUGGUGCGGCCGUGAGAUCUGAUCCGCCGCAGGGAAGUCCGUCCAUAUUUGUUUUUAAAGUCUCUUAGCAGUUAAUAAAGAUGCAUUUCCUCCGUCCCCCUUCCUGUGGGGACGGUAUCAAGGCUCUGUUAAGUCUCUUUGAUUUCCAGCACCCUCCAAUCACAGCGGGACUCCGGCUCAUCAUUGUGUCACUUCAAAGCCUGGGAAUGGCCCUCGUGGCCCCACCCUCUCCACGGCUCCCCUUAAAACUCAUGGUCACUCCUUCCAGCAGGACUCAGCAUCUCUAAAAUUUCUGCUGCAACAAGACCCACUGACUUUCUUUCUUACCUUUACUUUUUUAUUAUUUUUUUUCACCUCCCGGGCUUCUUGGAUUGUUCCUUUACACAUGAGGCAAAAGACAGAGGAUUGAGAGCAGAGCUGAAGACGCAGUUUGGAUAUUGGGGAAACUUAUUAUUGGGGAUUGCAUAUCGGCCUUUCAUGCAAAGACGCUUUAACAUUUUUCCUGUGAUUACUACUGAAGCUAAAGGAUGCAGUCCAUCAGAGACUUGAAGUCCAACUUCAGUGGCCCUCCUCCCUCCUCCAUGGCUGCCGGCCCUGAUGCCUACCUCCAGGGCAACAUCAGGAUGACUCUGGAGGACCCUGAACUCUGGAAGACCUUCCAUGAGAUAGGAACAGAAAUGAUCAUCACUAAACCGGGGAGGAGGAUGUUUCCACAUUGCAAAGUGAACAUGUCCGGCCUUUUCCCAUGUGCCAAGUACAUCCUACUGGUUGACAUGGUCCCUGAGGAUGGUUUCAGAUAUAAGUGGAAUAAAGAGAAAUGGGAGGUGGCAGGAAAAGCGGAGCCUCAGCCUCCCUGCAGGACCUAUCUCCACCCAGACUCUCCAGCCCCGGGGAGCCACUGGAUGAAGCAGUCUGUCUCCUUUCUCAAGCUCAAACUCACCAACAACACGCUCGACCAGCACGGCCAUAUCAUUUUGCACUCCAUGCAUCGUUACCACCCGCGCUUCCACGUCGUCCAGGCAGACGACCUGUUCAGUGUCCGCUGGAGCGUUUUCCAGACCUUCACCUUCCCCGAGACUUCCUUCACCGCCGUCACCGCCUACCAGAACACCAAGAUUACAAAACUGAAGAUUGACCACAACCCAUUUGCAAAGGGUUUCCGUGAUGAGGGCACAAAUAAAAGAAAGCGCCCGAGCAAGAACCCUGCGUACCACGACAAGAGAGCCAAGAUGUCUGACAUUUUGAACAGAGACUCUGAAGAGGACAGUCCACCAGAUUUCUGCCAGUCGUCGUACGAUGGUUAUGAAGGAGAGGACGGAGACCUGCCCAAAAGAAAGGACGAGGACGUGGUAAAAGAGGAGCGUUACUCCCCCUGGGCCGCUGAGAGGGAGCACGGUGUGAGAACCGACUCUCCUGCUGGGACAGACACAAGAGACAUGUACAACACGGAGCAGCUUGUUCCAGCCCCAGCUUCCUACCAGCCGUACAGGGUCCACGAGUACGGAAAGUCUCCAUCGCCCUCCUCCAGCGUCGGCAGCAGCAACAGCGGACGCAGCAGCUUCGAGUCUAGGGUCCCUGACGUCGCCACGGUUCCCGAUCAUGACUCCUCAAAGACGCGCACACUCGACAGCAGCUCCUCGCAUUGCGGGCCCCAGCACCUGGCCGGCCCCCAGGACUACACUGGGGUGCUCAACAUGACCAUGGCCCAGGCCGGGAAGCCGGGGGUGAUCGGUCAUCACAUCUACAGCCCCUACAGCGCGGAGCAGCCCCUGGGCCAGUGGAGUGGGCCCGGGCCUGCCCAGUAUCCUCCUCCUCCUCACCACCUGGCCGCUGACUACACCACGCAAGCUGUGCACCACGGCUAUCACCAUGGCAACGUGGCCGAGUGGAGCCAGUACCCGCUGUUCUCCUAUUCCUGCUGGUGAGGAGGCCUUCGGUGUUAACAGGCUAAGGGUGACUUUGCAGAUGCUGCCGCCGCAGCCGCUGCUGCUGCGCCACGUUGCAGGAGCGCUGACCCGGCGCUCACAGCUACGAGAAUGCAUGUCCAAACUAGGCCGAGGGCCGGAGGCCUGCGGCGAGUAUGAGAAACCGAACGGAGCAAGAGAAGUGUGAGGAGCCGCGUGCAGCUGCCUUCUGUUUAGACUGGUGGGAUUCAGAAUCCAGAUGCGCCGAUUGAAAUGAAAGUGUGCUAUGCCAUGCUGAUUGUUCUUAUUGUCUAUUUAUUUGAAAUGUCAUCUCAUCUCCUCGUGUAAAUAUUAUUUUUGUAAAAAGAAAAGAAGGAUCGAUUAAACGUUAAGUGUGCAAUUUAUUUCUGUCUUUCAACUGUGAUGUGAACCCCAAAUAAAAACCUAAAAUGAUA